UUGGCCAUUCCACCAUACAAUGCAGUGAGGGCAGCCGGUGACUGGCACAGGGAUGGAACUAGCGGAGGAGUCAACUUCUGAGAGACAGACAGAAAAUCGCUUCAAAUUGGUGCUACUCGGGAGCGCUGAUGUGGGAAAAUCAAGCCUGGUUCUCAGGUAUAUAAGAGAUGAUUUUAUGGAAACCGUCUCUACUACAGGAUGUGCCUUUUUCUCGCACAGAGUUUGUCUCCAAGGCAGAAUUCUAGACUUUGAGAUCUGGGACACCGCUGGGCAGGAGAGAUACCACAGUGUGUCCCAUCUUUAUUACCGUGGUGCCAGUGCUGCCUUGCUGGUUUACGACAUUACUUCUAAGGAGUCCUUCAGCAGAGCUCAACUUUGGUUUCAGGAGCUGCAGAAAUAUGUCUUCAGUGGAGAGAUGGUUAUUGCACUGGUAGGAAACAAAAGUGACCUUCAAGAUAAAGGAAAGGUCUCAAGAGAGGUUGCACAGGCUUUUGCUGAACAAAAGGGACUUCUGUUUAUAGAAACUUCAGCUAAAACAGGAGAUGGCGUGAAAGAGGUAUUUGAAGCAGUGGCCCAUGAACUACUGGCUUUGGAAAAACAAAAGGAAGAGAAACAACGCAGAAGGGACUCUAUCAUCACCCUUGAAGAAUCACUCUCCUCCGAUGUAAGGCACAGAUGCUGCAAUUUCCACUAAAGGCGCAAUAGCAGCCUUUGGAUGGAAUAGUGUCUCUCCAGGACAUACCAGUAGUAAAGAACGUCUAGUACAGUGAAACCUCUAUAAAAGACCGCCUCAUUGAGAAGACCAGCCCCAUUCUCCAGGCCAGAUUUUUA